UUUCCAGCCGCCGCGCCUGACGAUGGGUAUUUCCAGGGACAAUUGGCACAAACGCCGCAAGACUGGAGGCAAACGAAAACCAUACCACAAAAAGAGAAAGUAUGAACUUGGCCGUCCUCCUGCAAAUACCAAGAUUGGGCCACGUCGCAUCCACACAGUGAGAGUCCGUGGUGGCAAUAAGAAAUACCGAGCUCUGCGACUGGAUGUUGGCAACUUUUCUUGGGGCUCUGAGUGCAGCACACGUAAAACUAGGAUUAUUGACGUGGUCUACAAUGCCUCCAACAAUGAGUUGGUGAGGACAAAGACCCUGGUGAAGAACUGUAUUGUUCUGAUUGACAGUACUCCCUUCAGACAGUGGUACGAGUCGCACUUUGUCCUUCCCCUUGGUCGCAAGAAGGGAGCUAAGCUGACUCCAGAAGAAGAGGAGAUCUUAAACAAGAAGAGAUCAAAGAAGAUUCAAAAGAAAUAUGAUGAACGUCGAAAGACUGCAAAGAUCAGCCCGCUGCUAGAGGAACAGUUCCAGCAGGGGAAACUCCUUGCUUGCAUAGCUUCAAGACCUGGUCAGUGUGGCAGAGCCGAUGGCUAUAUUCUUGAAGGAAAAGAGCUGGAAUUCUAUUUGAGAAAGAUCAGAGCCAAAAAAGGCAAAUAAACAUGUUUGCAAGAAAAUGAGAUCUUAAUAAACCCAUUUUUCACCC